AUGGCAGUUUUGGCCCAUUACUCCGUGAUCCAAGACGCUGGGGUGGUGUUUACUUCUGUCGGGGGCAGUGUGUGCCUCCGUUGCUUCUACAACAGCACCACAGUGGCCAGUCAUUACUCCUGGUACAAGCAGAGACUGGGAGGGAACCCUGUGGUACUGUCCACUAUUUACAAGUUCGACACGCCGCGGACGAUGCUGGUGUGGCUGGAGAAGCACCCGCGACUGGCCGUGCAGAGACAGGAGGGAUUGAACCACCUGCACAUCUCUGACGCUCAGCCAGAAGACGAGGCCGUGUAUUUCUGCGGGAGCUCCCACAACAACGUGCUGGAGUUUGGAGAAGGAAUAUUUCUCAAGGUUCAAGCUCCUGCAGCCCCCAUCCCUCCACACAUCACCCAGACUCCUGCCGUAGCCCGGACCCCGCUGGGCUCCUCUGUGACCAUGAACUGCUCCAUUCACCGCGGGACCUGCACCGACGAGCUUUGCGUCUACUGGUUCAAACACGCUCACGGUCUGGGCCUGGUCCUUGACGCAGACCAGAGCCCCAGCCCCAAACCCGGCCCCCAGAGCUGCACCUUCCAUCUGGAAAAGCCCUCGGUCCGCAGAUCCGACUCAGGGACGUACUUCUGUGCGGUGGCGGCGUGUGGGCGGGUCCUGUUUGGGAACGGGACGGUUUUGCAGAUCGAGGAGGAGGAUCUGAGAGUCCACAUCAAGGUCCUGGUCUGGCUCUCUGUGCUGCGGAUGGGAGUGCUCCUCCUGCUGCUCUGCGGGUGUCUGUUGAUCUACUGCCUCAGGAGCAGAGGCAACUAA